CAUGGAUCCCAAAGGAGCAAGAGCUACCAGGAAGCUCCGCUGAUCUGCACAGACCCCCUUUGCCUGCUGCUGCCCCACACUGAACAGACUCCUACUGGACGUACUACUAUGAUCCUGGAGGAUCAUUCAGAGGGGUCUCUGGUGGUCGUACUCACUGAGUGCUGUGAUAUUAAAGGGAGCUGCUCAGGAGCUGUGUCAUCCGUUCCUGGAUUCUCCAACCACUGACUCCCAUCCACUCUGACCACAGCCAGCGACCACAUCUCACUGCCUGCCCAGUGUCCAUCCAUGGAGGUGACCACUGUGUCCCCAUCUCCUGCCUCACCCACUGAAGGAGACAAUCUCUGUGAGACAGAUGCCACCAACGUGGCCAUACACAGUGUGACACUGCUCAUUUGCCUCUGUGGUCUUGCUGGGAAUGGGGCUGUCCUCUGGCUCUACAGCAUGGAAAGCCGUACAUUUGCCAUGUUUCACCUGGCUGUCAUGGACUUCCUCUUUCUUCUCUUCACCGUCCCCUCGCCCCUCCUUUUCCUGGUGGAGGACAUGUCCUGCUCUACUAUUGUGCCUUUGAUUUACUUGAGGUUCCUUUUUCAGCUGUCAGUGGUCUCCUACUUCUGGGGGCUUUUCCGAGUAAUGUUCAGCAGCAAUGUGUUUGCCAUGUCCAAUCUCCUCCAGCUCUGCUGCCGCAGAAAUCUUCCCGAGCGCCUGUUGUUGGUGGUGGACAGUGUCCAGUUCUGGGCCUUCUUUGCUCUCUUCACUGUCAUUCCCACGGUGACUUCCCUGUGCCCGUCCCACGAGCAGGGGCAGUGCAGGGCAGCUCUCAUCUCCAUGUUCACAGUCAUCCUGCUCCUCUUUGUUGCCCCCACGGUCAUUUCCCGCACAAUCGACAUCAUCAAGUCCAAGCGAGGCUCCAAGAAGCAGAAACCCAAGAGGCGACACAUUGUUGCCUCCAUCGUUGUGGUCAUCACUCUCCUCCUCUUCUUCUGCAAUUUCCUGCAGCAGCUCGGAUAUUUCCCUGUGUCCUCCGAGAUCUUUUUCCUGCUCACCUGCACCUACAGCAGCAUCAAACCCUUCAUCUACUUCCUGGCAGGGAGGUGCUGGAGUCCCUGCUCCACGGGAUCCCUCCGGAUCUCCCUCCAGAGAGUCUUUGAGGAAAAGAAAGAAAAAACAGCCUGCAGUGAUGAUGCCAACACAGACACAGUGAUCUAAGUCUGUGGAUCCCUUCCACUGCCCUGCUGAAGGACCUUGACACAGGUUACCUUGAGUCACCUGAUAAAUAAAUAAAUAUCCACAGCAUCAC